AGGUAGCUGCUAAGCUAUAUUUUUAUAUCACAAAGCUUGAGUGCGACUGCACUUUCUAGGCUCCGCUCUGCGGUCUUUCGAGGUACUAGGUCAUAAUUGUCGGAUUCACAGCUAGUUUAGUAAAUACUUAGGACGACAUCGUCACACAAUCACCUCGUAUACUAACCUUUAUGAAUGAUUCAAGAUGGCAUUCAUUGCAUGUGCCUUGACGUGUGAGUCAGACGCCUUUCAACUUGCAUGCUGUGCUGCCCAGGUAUGAACAUUCGAGACUCGGUUAUGAGCUUUGAUGCAAUGAUUGAAAACCUUGAUGAUUUUGAGGGCUUCGAAAGUGAAGGAAGCGGAACUGUGGCUGCUCAUACCCAUAGCCAGGAUGGGCUCUCGGAUUUUGGGGAACUCAAUCCAGAACUUGAAUUCAUGUCACUUGAGAAUGGGAGAGGCCGCGUAACACGUGAUGAAAUCCGGGGUUUGGGGGCGGCGACGUCACGGACUGAUGAUCUUAUCUCGCUGUUGAUGCCUCAAGGCACUCGACGGACAACAACUGCAACUUCUUCGUCUUUCCUUCCAGCCUGAUACAACACUCAUACCCUCCGGCAGAUACAUAGCCAUUUCAGCA